AUGGAAGGUCAUUUUCACUUUAGAGCGAAUUUUCAACCCCCCUGGCAAAAGCGGAUAGAUUCCUAUAAGACUGGAAAACUGACACUAGAGAGUCGUAGCCCUGUUGGAAUGAAGCGCGCAUUCACAACUACGGCCACUGACCAAGGCAACAAUCCACGAACUGACGCCCCGAAGCUUCGAGAGGAUAUGUGUGAAUCGAAAGAAACCAGUGCUAACACCGCUCAAAUAGUCACGUCGUCUUGCUACAAAGAAGAAAGCAUGCAACAUUACUCAGCUCCAAAGCUACCCGCUUGCUAUGCCAUCAGCUUUGCAAACAAAAACCAGCCUCAGGUCACCCCUUAUAAGGGCGCACCUGUUACGAAAUCUCAGUUGCGGAUAUCAGCAGCUCCGCCAUACAAAGAUUCAGACACUUUUAGUGAGUCCCAUUGUGUUUGCUGGUGGCGACAAAUACCCCAGCAUCUCUUCUUGAACGUGUUGGCAGCUAUUGGGGGAUUUCAAGGAGAAAUAUGCAGCUCCCCUCUUGCGCCGGAGGACUUUGUCAGUGGCCGUUGUUUUCUUCAACCCUCCGCAAGAACGAUGAAUGCGGAGGCCUUAGCUUUGUCGACACCUCGCAGAACAAGUGGUACCCAGGUUCCUGGGUUUUGCCAGCAAGGCCAAACCCCAAGCUGCGAAAACGAGCCCGUAGAUGCUCGCGUGGGAGAAGGGGGUGCGAGCGUUCUUUUCUAUGAACACUAUGAUUCUGGGCCUAACGACUGGCAAUGUGAAGCGCCACGGAAAGCAUCUGAGGGGAGCAACGCUGUUGCAUCCAGCGGGCUUGUGCCACUAGGUGAAGACUUUAUCGACAAAAAACUCAGACCCCACCAAAAGAUGGGACUUCACUGGAUGCACUCUCGCAUUGCAGCUGGUGGGGGUUGCAUUCUAGCAGAUACGAUGGGCUUGGGGAAGACUCUGCAGGCCCUGGCUCUUCUAUGGUCUCUGCUAAGGGAACAUGUCGUGCAACACAAUGCUGCUCCUUUCAAAACUCUCAUUGUCUGCCCCACGAGCUUGAAAACGAACUGGAGGACGGAGUUCAAAAAAUGGCUUGGAAACAGAAUCGAUCCCUUGGUAGCAUGUGGUGAUAUUCGGCAGGUCUCUGAAGUGAUCCAGACCUUUACCUGUUCAAAACGAGAUCAAACAUUGAUUGCCUCGUAUGAUGACAUCCGAAGAGUGGACGUUCCCUGCAGCAUUGAAUUUUUGGUGUGCGACGAGGGGCAUCGGCUACGCUCUUUGCGAUCUCAGACCUACAUGCAGCUACAAAAGAUACGCAGUCGACGCCGUUUACUGCUUUCAGGAACACCUCUCCAAAACAAUCUGGAAGAGUUGUACAGCUGUUGCCAUUUUGUUUGCCCAGGGACUUUGCCGAACGAAAAAACCUUCAAAAAAGUAUUUCUUGAGCCAAUUAUCCGAGGCUGUCGGCCUGAGGCUACGGAAACUGAAGUUAUUAUUGGUUUGCACCGUACAAAUUGGGGGAAUGGUGAGAGUUCUUCUCAUUUCAUGUUAAGGAGAACGUCUGAGGUAUUGGAGCAACUGCGUGAGUUUGCCAUUCAGCGUGUCAACCUGGCUGCCUUUUCCAGCCGCCUUGUGAACGUUCCGGAGAUGUUCGUGACUGAUCAAUUCGCCUCUCGUGAACUUCUUAAAAAUGGAAUUCAAGACGAAGAAGACGCAGAGCUUAGUGAGCAGAACAUAGCUCUAAGAGGCAUUCUACAACCGUCAACCCAUCCUGGGUACGCGGUUAUUGUGAGUAAUUCGACAGCGGUCCUGGACAAAGUGGAGUCGCUGAUAAAAAAGGAAACGUGGUCGUUUCUGCGUCUUGACGGCUCUACACCACAGCCUCUAAGGGGAAGCAUAGUCGAUAAAUUCAACACGGAUUUAGUUACCCGGGUGUUUUUGCUGUCUUCUAAGGCAGGUGGAACUGGUCUCAAUCUUACAGGGGCAAAUCGCUUGAUUCAUAUGGAUCCUGACUGGAACCCCGCCAACGACCAGCAGGCUUUGGCGCGAAUCUGGAGGGAUGGGCAAGUGAUGCCAGUUUACAUAUACAGAUUUGUCGGGGCGGAGACGGUUGAGGUGCAGAUCAUGAAACGGCAGUUGUUUAAAAGUUCACUGGCAAAGCUGGCGGGACAAGGAGCCGCACAGACGUUUGUGGAUGGAAAGGGAGGAACCAAAGGGCAGUGGCUAGCUGGACACUUAGCUGACCUGCUCAGACCAAUUGGAGGUACACUUGCUACACAUGCUUGUUCAGUACCCACUUAUUAUAUAGCCCCUCAGAAUUUGUCAGCAAUGCGGAUGAUAACAGCAAGCUUAUAG